GUCACCAACAGACAUUACUUUAACACCCUUCUGGGUAACCAUACGACAUGUCGACAAUUUUCUGUUGCAAAAGUCCCAUGCGCCGGGUAACCCGAUAUUCAAGAGUUUAUUGAGUACCCUUGUCAAUGUGUAAGUUCAAGCUGGUUAAGGUUUGUAGGAUACCUAAACCAGAGGUUUUAACAAAUAACUUAUUGUAACUGUUGGCAACAAUGUCAAGUUUCGAUACCAAGCAACCUCCUUUCCGGAUAUUGUUUCAACGAGAUAUCAAUACCAACUGCCUUCAGAUUGCUGUGGGAGAGACAGAAGCUGUUAUCGAGGCAGCAUGGAUAUGGAUAGAGCGUAACAUGAUGCCGGAACUUGACACGAUAGACGACCCUUUCGAGAAGGAACAGUGGGUUGCUCAGAAAAUUAGCAUGAUAGUUACCACAAUUGACACGGGCACGGAUGAAUUAUCGUCAGACGAAAAAGUUCGGAGCGCAUCGCGAACGUUCCGUCAGCUGUUUGACGUGCCACCUUCCGAACGUCUUGUUAAUCGUAAGCUUGUUGGAAUUGUUUUUUAUUUUGACAAGGAUGGCUCUAUAUCAGUGAGAAUUAUCUCGGAUUCUACUCGUUUCUACUCGGUGUCGAAAAGAAGCAGCUUAUUGAACUCAAGAAUAUCAAGGAUAUAUCCAAGGAAAAUUCCAAGCGAAACAUGUUUGCCGAUAGCUUACGGAUUACUACCAAGGACAAAGAAGAGGUAUCGAGAAUCAGGCAACAAAGGAAAAGAUUGGGUAAAGAAAGACCUGGGUUACUAAAUCAUACACAACUGUUCAGAAACACCUGUUUAGCAAUAUGUUUCGAAGGGACGAGGUAUAUGACCUGCUUGUUCAGCUGACAGGCCAAGCAACACUUCGCCUCUUGCGAAAUGCUGGUGGUGACGCCCCAGGUCAAUCUACCAGUGCUAGCGACCCAUCUCUCUCACCAGCGUCUGAACGUGAUCGCAGUGAUCGUUCACCAAGCUCCACGUCCAGUACUGGAUUGUUCGUCAACCCGCUCAAACAUGACCUGGCAGCU